UCAAAUCGCCCGUCGCCACGAGGCGCCCGGCACCUCGCCGCUCACUCUUCACUCGUCACUCCUCUCGCCUCGCUUCGCAUUUUCCUCUGCGGCUCGCUGCAGUCUCGCUAGCUCCCACGAAAAGCGAGGAGGGGGGAGAGAGAGAGAGGCCCGGAGGGAGGGCAAGGGGGGGUGAGGAAGCAACAAAGAACAAACUAACAGCUCCUGAGCUGAGAUGGCGGCGCCGGCACCGAAGCAGGAGGAGCUGCAGCCGCAUGCCGUCAGGGACCAGCUGCCGGCCGUCUCCUACUGUCUCACCAGCCCGCCCCCAUGGCCGGAGGCCAUCCUCCUCGGAUUCCAGCACUACCUCGUCAUGCUCGGCACCACCGUCAUCAUCCCCACCGCGCUCGUCCCCCAGAUGGGCGGCGGCAAUGAGGAGAAGGCGCGGGUGAUCCAGACGCUGCUGUUCGUCGCCGGGAUCAACACGCUGAUUCAGAGCUUCCUCGGCACGCGCCUCCCCGCCGUCAUCGGGGGCUCCUACACCUUCGUCGCGCCCACCAUCUCCAUCAUCCUCGCCGGCCGCUACAGCGGCAUUGCCGAUCCCCACGAGAAAUUCCUGCGCAUCAUGCGGGGGACGCAGGGAGCGCUCAUUGUGGCCUCCACCCUCCAAAUCAUCAUGGGGUUCAGCGGACUUUGGCGCAUUGUUGUCAGGCUAUUGAGCCCGCUAUCUGCUGCUCCACUGGUAGCCCUCGUCGGAUUUGGGCUCUAUGAACUCGGAUUUCCAAGUGUUGCCAAAUGCAUUGAGAUUGGUCUUCCGCAGAUUUUACUGCUUGUGGCUCUUUCUCAGUACAUACCACAUCUACUCCCCUUAGUGGGUACUGCCUUUGAGAGGUUUGCUGUCAUAAUGUCCAUUGUGGUUGUGUGGCUUUACGCCUUCUUCCUGACCGUUGGUGGCGCCUAUAAGAAUGCUGCUCCCAAAACCCAAUUCCACUGCCGUACUGAUCGAUCUGGGCUUGUUGGGGGUGCUCCAUGGAUAAGUGUACCUUAUCCAUUUCAGUGGGGAGCACCAACCUUUGAUGCUGGUGAAGCUUUUGCUAUGAUGGCAGCUUCCUUUGUUGCUCUUGUGGAGUCUACUGGUGCAUUCAUUGCCGUUUCACGGUAUGCCAGUGCAACUCCAUGCCCUCCUUCUGUCAUGAGUCGGGGCAUUGGUUGGCAGGGGGUUGGUAUUUUGUUGGGCGGCUUAUUCGGAACAGCUAAUGGCUCCUCCGUGUCUGUCGAAAAUGCUGGGUUACUCGGUUUGACACGCGUUGGUAGCAGACGUGUUGUGCAGAUUUCUGCUGGAUUUAUGAUAUUCUUCUCCAUUCUUGGGAAAUUUGGAGCUGUUUUUGCAUCAAUUCCUGGCCCAAUUAUUGCAGCUAUAUAUUGCCUUCUCUUCGCAUAUGUGGGCAUGGCAGGUGUUGGGUUCCUUCAGUUCUGCAACCUGAAUAGCUUCAGAACAAAAUUCAUCCUGGGCUUCUCCUUGUUUAUGGGUUUGUCGGUGCCGCAGUAUUUCAAUGAAUACACUUCUGUCGCAGGCUUUGGUCCAGUACACACACAUGCGAGAUGGUUCAAUGAUAUGAUCAAUGUGGUUUUCUCGUCGAAAGCAUUCGUUGGAGGCGCUGUAGCAUAUUUUCUGGACAACACCCUGCACAGGCGUGACGGCACCGUGAGGAAGGACCGGGGACACCAUUUCUGGGACAGGUUCAGGUCGUUCAAGACAGACCCACGCAGCGAGGAGUUCUACUCCCUCCCAUUUAACCUGAACAAGUUCUUCCCAUCCUUCUGAUCCACCUUCGGUAACAGAAAACACAAAAAGUAUUGUAUGAUUAGGUUGUUGACGAGGUGAUUUUGGCGAUGCCACGCCCACACUGUUGUUUCUCCUAUUUCUACUGCACCUCUCGAGUUCUGAAUCUUGUAGAGCUCCUCUUGAGUUCUGAAUCUUGUAGAGCUCAGCUGAAAACUAUUCUGAAGGAAUGGAGAAAUGGCUCGGUAUUUUUUGGAUGUAAA